GACGCCCAAAGCAGGGGUCAUCAGGAAAAAGGAAAAAAAAAUCCUUAGUGUCCCAGGCUCCGCAAGGAGGCACACUGACUGGCAGAGUACGACCACCAUGUGCGAGCUGUAUAGCAAGCAGGACACCAUGGCGCUGCGGGGGAAGCACAUCGGGCCCUCGUGCAAAGUUUUCUUUGCUGCGGAUCCCAUCAAAAUAAUGCGAGCCCAGGGGCAGUACAUGUUCGAUGAGAAAGGUAAACGGUACUUGGACUGCAUCAACAAUGUGGCACAUGUGGGACACUGUCACCCAGAAGUGGUCAAAGCUGCCACGAAACAGAUGGAAUUACUAAAUACGAAUUCUCGCUUCCUCCACGACAACAUGGUCGAGUUUGCCAGGCGCCUUACAGCCACCCUGCCUCAGAAGCUCUCGGUUUGCUACUUUACAAACUCUGGAUCCGAAGCCAACGACUUAGCCUUACGCCUAGCACGGCAGUUCCGAGGCCACCAGGAUGUGAUCACUCUUGACCAUGCUUAUCAUGGUCACCUGUCGUCAUUAAUUGAGAUCAGCCCUUAUAAGUUUCAGAAGGGCAAAGAUGUCAAGAAGGAAUUUGUACAUGUGGCUCCAGCUCCAGAUACUUACAGGGGAAAAUACAGAGAGGACCAUGAAGACCCAGCCACAGCAUAUUCGGACGAAGUGAAGAAAAUUAUUGAAGAGGCUCAUGGCAAGGGAAGAAAGAUUGCCGCCUUUAUUGCUGAAUCCAUGCAGAGUUGUGGUGGACAAAUUAUCCCUCCAGCAGGCUACUUCCAGAAAGUGGCUGAACACGUUCGCAGAGCAGGGGGUGUGUUCAUCGCUGACGAAGUUCAAGUAGGCUUUGGCAGAGUUGGAAGGCAUUUCUGGAGCUUCCAGAUGCAAGGUGAAGACUUCGUCCCAGACAUCAUCACUAUGGGGAAACCUAUGGGCAACGGUCACCCGAUAUCCUGUGUGGUGACAACCAAAGAAAUGGCAGAGGCCUUCAGCAGCUCCGGCAUGGAGUAUUUCAAUACAUAUGGAGGAAAUCCAGUGUCUUGUGCGGUUGGUUUGGCUGUGCUGGAUGUAAUUGGGAAUGAAAACCUUCAAGGAAAUGCUGUCCGAGUGGGAAGUUAUCUCACGGAUCUCCUGCAUGAGCAGAAGGCUAAGCACCCUUUGAUAGGAGAUAUCAGGGGCGUUGGCCUUUUUAUUGGCAUUGAUUUGGUGAAGGACCAUGAGAAGAGGACACCUGCAACAGCUGAGGCACAGCACAUCAUCUACAGGAUGAAGGAAGAAGGAGUGCUUCUCAGUGCCGACGGCCCUCAUAGGAAUGUGCUGAAAAUAAAACCACCCAUGUGCUUCACAGAAGAAGACGCAAAGUUCAUGGUGGACCACCUUGAUGGCAUUUUAACAGUUUUAGAAGAAGUCAUGGAAUCCGAGAGUGACAGCAUGAUCUCUGAGAAUCCAGCUUGCAGAGCGAAGAUGCCUAAGGAAGCACGUGUGGAAUUGCCCAACCAUAGUGGCACCACCGAGUCCAGAGAAAACCACAGCAGAAAGAGAAAUGGUGUGUGCUCAGAUCAGCACGUGCUGCUCAGCAAACGACUCAAGACAUGAAAGAUGAGUGUUAAACAGCAGAUAAAUAUCCAGGGAUAAAGAGAGCAAGUGGAUACAUCUCGCUUCUUAAUAAUCAUUUAAAUUAGAAUGCUCAAUCUGCCUUACUUGUACAUUAAAAGAUAGAGUAGUAAUGUCAAUAAACAAAGUGAUAAACUAUGUCAACAUUAUUACUUCAACCUCUCACUUGGUCAUUCCUUGCCUGCAACUCUGUGGUUAUCUAUCCUACCAUAACUAAGGUUUCUAACGCAAGAUUAAGCUGGGUGCUUUACUUUUUGUGUUGUAAUGCUUGAAAUUAGAGAAGCAAGGGAAAUCUACCCCAUAACUUCAGAGAGUUAGUAUAUUAAAGUAUCUUUAAUCAUAAGAAAAACUCUAAAACGGUUAAUACAUAAGCUUUGUGGAUUUUAAUAAAUAAAA